UAUAACACAGACUUUUAUUUUAUACUUAUUUUACAAAUUUAAAAAAAAUUAUUUACUUUAUUUUCAUUAAAUAUGCAUAAAUUAUUUUACUGCUCGCAGCAAUUUUUUUUUACAAAUGUAAAUACCGCAAUUGCACUGUGCAAUCAAGUUCGACAGUGCUUGAUUUCUGCUUAUUAUUUUAUUCAUGGUACUUGCCUUGUUGACUGACUCAUUCGUCCCGCGGAGUGCGGGAUAGCGGGGUCGUCUAAUGGUCAGCGAGCGAAAGCAUAAAAUAACCACAAAUAAUAGAAUAUAGUAAUUAUUUAAUUCAAUUAGUAACAGAGUGUUGUACCGUUGCCUUCUUUGGACUUCAGUAAAUAAACCGAAUAGGUGUCAAAACAAUAAAAAUGGAUGUCGUUCAAAAACUCCAAAAUAUAUGCUGGUGCAAAGAACCCUGGGGUCCUCCAAUUAUAAGCGAAGAAGCGAAAGAGUUACUAAGAGAAUGCACAAACGUAACUCAACCAGAACUAAUAGAUGAUCUCCAAGAAAUCAUCAAGAGAAGCAACAACUUCCCCAUUGCGUUUCCAAUUGACACGGUCAGAUUAAAAAAUCUUAUAAGAAGAAGACCUAUUGAAAAACUGAAAGAAAAUGUGAGGUCCACUUACCCUCUACUUCAUGAACGGGUGCUGAUACUCAUGGCGAACUUUCUGGUCUUCAAGAGGAAAUACGGGUCGAACAUCGAAAAGGAACUAUAUUCCAAGAUGUCCGUUAUAGAACUCAUUGACAGGAUACUGCAAAAGCGUGCUGUGUGUUUUAUGUCCCGACGGGAUAUUUACAAACUUCGAACAGGCGAGAUGGGGGCAGGUGGCUGGGAGAACAUUGGUACUCCACAGGAGUACCCUCCGCUGGUGCUGGCUGACUACCUGAGCUAUGACGAGCUGAAGCUGUCCGCGCUGGUGUCCGUCAGCGGGCCCACCGCCUGCAUCAACGACGGCGCGCGCCGCAACUCCGGCGUCGUCAAGGAAGACAACAUUGAGACUGAUGCUAUUAUAAUUGGAGUCAUAGGGCCUCGUUUCGAGCGUCCAGGUCGCGUUGACUGCGAAGACAUUCUUAUUACGUAUGAACAGAACUGCGCGGAGAAUGGCUAUGGACCCCUCCCUACUGACGUGCCCGUGACAGCAAAACAUAUGUGGAGGAAAUUAUGGGCGGACUUUUAUCAGAUCUCGAGUGUGACAUAUGCGGAGCUGACAUCGAAGGUGACGCGGAUAGAGGAGGCGGCGCGCGACCGGCGCGUGUUCACGGAGCGGUACACGCGGCGCCCCGUCGGCUGCGGCGCGCUGGUCGCGGCCGCGUGCGGGCGGCGCCUCGCGCUGCUCGCCGACGCGGCGCUGCUGGAGGCCGACACCCGCGCCGCCGCCGCGAGCAGGAGCAGAAACGCCUUCGUCAAUAUCAUUGGCGCAGGUCUCGGCGCGUGGAGGAUAUCGCACCACCAGCUGGACCUGUACAUCCUGACGUUCUUGCAGAGGAUACACUCGCUGCUCGGCGACGGGGCGCUGCACAACGUGUCCGAUGUCAACUUCGCUUACAUAAAACCUGGGGACAGUGUGCUUUCAUUGUUCAACACCUCUGCCUCAGAGAAUGGAUCUACAAGAGAGACAAAACUGUUUCUUGAAAAUGAAGCACAUCCUAAAGGAGGCAUCAGCGUGCAGAUGGAGGACCGCGAGCCGUCGUCCGCGCUGGUCGGCGAGCACGCCGGCAAGCUGCUCGUCAUGACGUACGCCUGGGACGGGAACGCGCACCCCGGCAACGAGUUCUGGGCAGGUAACUUGACGUCGUCGGGCGACCCGGCGGCGGCGUGCUCGACGCAGGUGAGCGAGCUGCACAGCGCGGCCGUCAACCCCGCCGUCUGCGGCCGCAACGCGCGCGUCGCCGCCUCGUGCGGCAUGCGCUCGCUCGCAGCCGCCGCCACCGCUGCGCUCCGUACGCGCCGUGAAUCGUUUACAAUGAUUUAAUUUAUUUUUCUCAAACAUGCUUGGAAAUGUGAGCAUUAUUUUGACAAUCUUCUUAGAGAUAAAUCAAAAUUGCCGUACUGGCUAGAUACAUGCGGGUAGCGGCCGGCAAAAUUUUGUAUGAAAAUCUAUAUCUGUCGUGUUUUGCGGCCAGAUAAAUUACUAUGUAAACUCAUAUCUGUCCUGUAAUUUAAAAAUAGAAUGACCUUUUACUUCGAAACAUGGCUACCAAGAAUGUAACUAAUACAAGGUUUUAUUUAAAUUUCGAACUGGCUUGCAAAUAGAAAGUUGUUUAUUAAUAAAACAAAGGAACAUUAUGUUGCGUGAAAAAUUAUUAUUGUUCGUUAUUCGUCAUUGAACUUAAAUAGUAAAAUUGUGUUUUUGAUUUCCGCGCAUUGUUUGAGAAAAGUGCUAUACAAGCCUUGGCCACAACUAGGCAUUGAUGGACUCACGUAUGUGUGCCUCGGCGACGCCUCGGGCCACAUUUGCACGUUCGUCCAUCAAUGCCUCAGUUGCUGGCCGCUGCAGUAAUGUACUAUUAUCACGAGCUUUUUUUUCUUCUUUUAAUAGUAAAAAAUAUUAUUUCAUUAUAAAUAUAAAUAAAUUG